UUCUACUGUGGCGUGUUUACAUUUAGAAGAUACUUAUAUUUCAAUGUUUAUGGAAUGUGAUAUAAACGAUAUUUUAAGCCGGAAUGACUUCUACAUCUUGAAGUUGAUUGCAUGCUGUUUAGAUAGCUGUUUCCAACAACCUCCUUAUAUCAACGUAUACAAAAAGAUUCAAGGAAUUAUCAUUCAUGAGGACAAGCCUCUACUUAGUGAAAUAGAUGAUGUGAUACACAUUUUAUUAGAAAAGAUAGUGGUUGGCAGCGUGGGUUGUAGCUUGCAUUUUCCAAUAUCGUCCAAGGACAGACUCAAUCAACCGAUCCUGCAACAUUUAGAUUUUGCCGUUCUGGACGUUCUUAAGAAUGCUGCUACAAGUGUUACAAAUAUUGGUGUGGUUUGCAUAUAUCGAUGA